CUCAACGGUGAUUCAAGUAGGUUUCACAGGAUAUUUGCUCUCCCUCUACCCACUCUGUGCUGGAUCUCUGAGAGAAGUGGCCGUAAUUCACUCUUUGUCCCCUGGGCAACACAGACAACAAACCAUAGACUAAUCCAAGAAGUGAAAAAUAUAUCUGCACAUCUAUUACCCUACAAAGGAGGAGGGGGGGAGUGGCCUGAGACGCGCAGGGCUUCAAUAAAAAGGCUCUUGUGUGGACCUGUGAGGAGCCCAAACUUCCCCCCACUUGGCACCACGCUCUUCUGCUGCCUGCCUGCCUGCCUGCUACUGAAGUCUGCUGGCAAACACAAAAGAAAGGGAGAAGGCAGAAAGAAAGUGAGACAGACACAGAGAGUAAGAGGAACUUGAGGUUUGAAGCUUUGUCCACCUUUUUCAAAAAAAAAAGGAAAAAAGAAAGAAAGAUCUCUGUCCACAAUUGUUUUUUUUUCUUCUUCUUUUUCCAGAGAAGAGGCCCCUGGAAGAAAACAAACCAAACUAAAGAAAACCACACACAAGAGAAGAUGAUUACUCUGCUUUCCCUGGCGAUGCUGGCCCUGAGCCUGGCCCACGGCGUGCACGGACAGGCCGGCAGUGCCGGCAGUGCUGUCUACACCACAGACACUGUUCCGGAGCUCACGGUCAUCACCGAGCCCCCUAGCAUCGUUGCAACCCGGGGAGGCAACCUCACUCUGCCCUGCCGUCUGCACCGCACUUCCACCUUCCACUUCGGCACCUCGGGCAUGAGGGUGAAGUGGACCAAGUACAGCCCCGACCUCGCACAGGAGAAUGACGUGUUCGUGUCCAUGGGCUUCCACAAGAAGGCCUAUGGGGGUUUCCAGGACCGCGCCUUCCUGCGGGAGGCUGACGACAGCGACGCCACCCUCAUCAUCACCGACGUGGGCCUGGACGACUACGGGAAGUACAAGUGCGAGGUCAUUGAUGGCAUGGACGACAACAUUGUGGAGGUGACCGUGGAAUUCCAAGACAAAGGGAUCGUGUUCCCGUACUCCCCACGGCUUGGCCGCUACAACCUGAACUUCCACGAUGGUGAAAAAGCCUGCAUGGACCAGGAUGCUGUGGUGGCCUCCUUCGAGCAGCUGUACGACGCCUGGCAGGCAGGCCUGGACUGGUGCAAUGCUGGCUGGCUGAACGACGGAUCCGUGCAGUACCCCAUCAACAAGCCCAGGGGGCCCUGCGGUGGCACAAAUUCCAAUGCUGGUCUCAGGAAUUACGGCAGACGCGACAAGUUCAGCAGCCGCUUCGAUGUUUUCUGCUUCACUGGCGCCAUUAGAGGACGUUUCUACUGGUUGGUCCAGCCCAACCUGCUGACUUACACCGAGGCUGUGCAGGCCUGCCAGGAGGACGAAGCUGAGAUCGCCAAGGUGGGCCACAUGUAUUCUGCUUGGAAGCUGCAGGGCUAUGACCGCUGCGACGCAGGCUGGCUGGCCGACGGCAGCGUACGCUAUCCCAUCUCUAACCCCAGGAAGAACUGCAGCCCAGACGAGGCUGCCGUGCGCAUGGUCGGAUUCCCUGACAAGAAGCAAAAGCUCUACGGCGUUUACUGCUACAAAGCCCAGUGAGAAUUGGUAACUCAGAUCUUUCCAGGUUUUCGAACAUAACAACCAAAGAGAUAGAAGCAAAUAGAAGCAACAAACACACGUUUAAGUACACAAUGGACUAUUAGCAUGAACUAGCAUUACUCCACCAAAACUGUGAUAACCUUUAUAUUAUAUAUAAAAACUGAGAGUAAAUCUCAGAUACUGUAAAAGAUACUUUCUAUAAUGUAACAUUCCACACAUUUGUUAUUUGUAAACUGCAUCAAAGUUAUGAAAGUUCAUGAAAUAUUGAUAACCUUUCACAUUUUUUAUUUUUUUAUUUGGACGUUUUGUACAACUAUGCAACUGAUAGAAUGAUGGUACAAUGAGAUCAGGCUAGCUAUGAUUAAUUUCUGUGAAUGUGUCAGGGUAGUUCAUUGAAGCACAUGUUAUGUCUUUGAAAUUUAAAAAGCCACUGUUAGAUUCCAAAUUGCCUUUUUUUUUGGUCUGGUCUAUAACUGUCAGUUUCCUUCUUUGCCACUCACAUUCCUCAUGUCCAUUUUUGUUUGACAGCUUUUCAGUGUACUUUUGAAAAUUAUAAACUGUGAUCAUGUGUUUGAUUUAUCUGUUUGAAGUAUAAAAUGAAUGUAUGUGUCAGACUGCCUAUGUCUUUGAUAAGUAGUUGUUCUUCCAUCUUUUAUGGAUAAUCAUAGUUACCAAGUAUCUUUUUAUGCCAUUGUAACUUUCCCUCGAGCUAAUGAUGUUUAGAAAACUUACUUUGUAUUUUCCUUUUUUCUUUUCUUGUGUUCUUUGAUUGUGACGUUGUUUUGUAUUGUGAAAUUACAUUUUUACAUGUCCUCAGACAUAGAUUUAUGUAAGGAUGCCAGAUAAAUGUCCUACAUGGACGCCCCAAGUUGAAUGGUCAAAUUUUUUGUCUAGAGCCAUAAUUAGCUAUUCUGCAAACUAACCCUGAGCUAAAACUCUGUCCAGGCAAUAGUUAGCAUUUGGCCUUCAUAACCUUCACAGCUGCCAUGAAUCGACAAUGUCUCAUGUCUGGCAUGUAAAGUCAUUUCCAUGGUAGAAAACUAAUGUCUGUACAGAAAAACAAUCGCAGCUGUAUCAACACUGGACACUUGCUACCAAUACAGGAAGAAAGGAAUCCCCAAAUAGACAAAUGGACACAUAUUUUGCAAAUAUUUGUCAGCUAUUUGUCCAUGACAAACAUAGUAAAAGAGCUUACUAUGCACUUGGUAGCCAGUUGAAGUCUACCCAAGACCUAGUUGUUUAAGGGUAACAGUGCUUGAAGACUUUUGGGUUAAACCUUGUUGUUGCUAGCACCAUAUCAGUCAUUAGCUCAUACCCCAGUUGUAGGAGACUCUCAGUAGUUUACACAGAGCUUUUUUUGCAAAGUGUCUGUUGGAGUCCCAGAGAGGCUCCAGCACAGAAUGAUGUUUGACACUUCAAGAUGGCUUUUUUUGAUCAAUUUAAAGUUUACAACAAGAGUUUUAAAGAAAAACAAAAACGCAGAGUCUGACUGAGGCAUGAGACAUAACAGGGAAUGAAUCAACAUUUCUGAGAUAUUUUCUUUUUUUAUCAGUGAUAUGUAAAAGAUCAAAUAAUCAUACUUUUGGACUUACAGUGCUGUUGCCACUAGCAACUGUUGUAAAGAGACAGCAGUUGGGUUUGCAUCUUUACAAAACAUGUGACUAAAUCAUACCUAUUUGAAUAAUACUAAAGCCAUCCUGUGUUGUUAUAAUAACCUCAGCUAUUACCACUAAAUGUAGUAGUAGAUCUGGUCAGACACAUAGUAUAAAAUACAUUAGAUUCAAAUUCCCCUUGUUCUGUACCCCACAUGA